AUGCCGAGUAUACCGUGGCUCAAAGCAUCAUCAAGAUCAUCAGUCUCAACGAACAAACAUCUCAUCACUUCGCUUUCCAAUCUGUCUAUCAUUUUCCGAGGUUAUAAACCAGACCUUACUUUCAAAAUGAAGUUCUCUGUUCCAUCUGCGUUGCUGGUCACCGCCACUCUUUCCUCUGUUGGCAAUGCCGCUUUCCCAAACGUCCCGGAGACGUGUUUGGAGAUUCCUCAAGUCCUCGGCCAAAAGCCCCUCAAGCUGAUGCAAUACUUCCAUACGCAGGUCUGUGAGAAGGCCAAUUGUACUGCCACAAUCAACCAACACAAUCAAUACCUCCACAACAACGUCCUCCCGCAACUUAUCCAGGACGUAAACACCAAGCUGGGCGUAUCCGCCAGUGAGCAGAUGUUGUAUAAUCAGACAAGUACCCAGCUCAUUGCGGCAGUGCAGAAGAGCUGCGCAGCUGAAGGAAACAAGCCUCUGUGCAACAACCCAGAAGGGUUGUUUAACUAUGGUGCCUGUGCUUUCAAAGCCUCCCAGCCGGUUCUGGAGAAGCAAGUCAAGCAGCUGUCCAGCUCGGUUCAGCUUACCGAGGAGAAGUGCCAGAAGAUUAAGCAGCUCGACUCCGAUGAGACUGCGUGGUCCAAGACUCUUCCUGGAUACAUUGACCGAUUCGCUGCGUUGUGUGAGAAGGACAACUAG